GAGGGAAGCAGAGAACAGAAAUCAUCUUCACCAAUCCAUUUGGUCAAAAUGAAAAACUUUCUCUUCAUUUUUGCUGCAGUCCAGAUCCUCUCCUGUUCUGGAGGAUCACGUGAAAAUUCUACUUUCCCAGAGGUACAGGAAGUACUAACUGCAACGGUUAUAGCAGUGAAUGAAGAUUCUACACUUAAUAACUACCUUCCUGUGGCAAAUGGUGAAGUAAAUGAAACUGCUACCUCUAAAAUCCAGGUCACAUUUGAAGGCACUGUAAUUCCAAAGCCUGAGCUGCAAAUUAGUAACAUCAACGUGAAAUCAUCCACAUUGAAUGGGACCAACGGAACAACAACUUCAACAACAAUUCCGAGCCCAACAUCGACACCAAACACAACAUCGACACCAAACACAACAUCCACACCAAACACAACAUCCACACCAAACAUAACAUUGACACCGAUCACAGCAUUGACACCAAACACAACAUCGACUGCAACCUCACAGAGCACACUAACAACAACGCCAACAAUAGCUCCCACAGACCCACCAUCAGAAAGCAAUGAAUCCUCAUCGGAAAGCAGUGACUCCUCGUCGGGAAGCAAUGACUCAUCAGUGGAAUGCAGUGGUUGGGGAAUUGGCAGACGACAUUGCAGGAAGAGGAAGAGAGGGAACAGACGAGGGUGGGACAGCAGAAGAAGGUGGAGAUGGAGUCGGAGACGGAGAUCUAGGUCCCGCAAUAGGAGAGGGAUAUCUGGCAAUGCAUUUGCAGAAGCAAUUACACCCACAACUCACAGGUUUCUUAGGAACACUGAAGAGUAAAUGGUGAUACCAGGCCUCAAAGGAAAGUGAUAAAUGGAAGGAAAUUCCACAUGGCUCAAAAUGUUUCAUUUUAAAAUAUAUUUUAUGUUUAAUUCUAAAAAAAUAGUUUGCUGUUUAGCUAUUAUUUCUUGCAAUAAAUUUUAUGCUGGCGUUGAUAUAAUCAGUACUCAGCAAUGCGCUAAUACAAUAUCCCAUGGCAUAUAUUCUCCACGAGGUGUCGAUGUGAAUCUAAAUAAUAAACAGAAUGUUGCUGUCCGACAACCAUAUCUCUCGCGGAGCUUCCAAUUCUCUAUGCAGUCUGAAGCCAUUUAAACAUAUUGUAACUAUUACUUGGCAUGGUUAACAAUCUGUAUUUUGUCUUGACCAGAAAUAAACUCUAGUUAACA